AAUGGGAGUGUAGCGAGGCUCCUGGGCCUGGGAUGAGAGAGGCCAGGGGCUUCAGUGAGAGGAUGGCCCCUAGAGGGAGGUCUAGAAGGGAGGGACAGAUGUGGCUCAAUUCAAUCCUGAUCAGGGCCCCUCUGUGGAGGUCAGCCUGUCUUUCUUUAAUAGGCAGAGUGGUCUUCACUCACUCUAUUCAGGCUUUUUUCUUUCAUAUAAUUUUCACUUCAUGCCAGGUUUCACAUUCAGAAUAAGUUAGAAGAAAUGGUGCUUUUGCCGCCCCUCACAGUCCUUGCCUCGCUUUCACUUCCUCUUAGAUUUAGGGCCUGUCUCUACCCCUGUUGCUUUAACUUAGUUUCUUCCCUCCUUGACCUUUUGUGCUUUACCAGCUGCAGUGUUUUUGACUGCUCUAAUUUUGAUCAAGAAAGCAACCACUUAAUUCCUUGGUUAAGCCCAGGGCUUGGAGCAAUGUAUACAUAUCACAUACAGACUGUAAAAUAACAUCUUUAUGUGUUACAGAGAUAGAUUGAUCUGUCUUGUACUCCCUUUGUUUUGUAUGAAGUUUGUCUGAGAUUCACUUGUGGCCAACUGCCAUGCCUGAAAUAACCUGUGUCAGGAACACCAACCGGAUGCCAUGGUCUUUUGAGUGCUGUGGGGCAUUGUUCAAGUGUAGAAAGGAUUAUGAGGAAACAGAUGACCAUUCCUUAUUCUUGGGGGCUUUACACACUGGUUGCAGAGACGGUGCUCAUUCUCAAAAGUUUACAGAGCAGUGUCUGGGAGAGGGUCAGAAGUCUACUAAAUAACCAUGGCCUUGGAUGAAUCACUGCAAACCUUUAUGCUUGGCUUUGCCCAUCUGCAAAACAGGUAACGGUGCUCACUUUUUUGACAUGACAUUUAUAUCAUGACAUGGGGAUAUAGUGUAAUAUGAGAUUUCAUAAUAAAAUCCUGAAUCAUGGGUCUAAACAUGUGGAAGGAGGAUGUGCAGGUGUUGAAAUGGUGCAGGACAAACUCAAUAUCCGAUAAGCAUGCGUUGGUUUUACUGUAAUGUCAAUGUGAAGAAGGGUCCCACUGACUCUCUUUUGUGAGGGCGCCCUGGGAAGGGCUGCUCUCACUCUUGGCUCCUUUCUCCUCCCUCAGCUCCACCUGUUCCCCAGGUGUCUUCUCUUCCCCACGAGGGAAGCCCAGGAGACCAGGCAGCUGCGCUCCUGACAGCCAGGUACCAGGUGAGCUGAGGAACCCUCUGCUUUCCUCAGGGACUGUUGCUGCUGAUUGAGCGUGGCCCUUUUCCUCAUCCCAUCCAUAAGCCUUGCCUGGAGAUCUUUUUUUAGUAGCAGAUCCCAGGUUGGGUGCUUGUCAUCCUCAGAGACCCGGACUUCACAGAAACCACCUUUCCGUCUCCCCAAUACCACCAGAAAACACUGUUCCUUUAUCCUUUGUGCCAUCAUGGGUGCUUAUUAGAUGUUAAAGGGUUGUGGAACCUAUUUCCAGGAUGCUCCUCUGUUCUCCCUCUUUCCAACGUAAAUGCACACUGCAGACCCUCUGUGUCAUCUUUGUUCUCUGGCCGUGAUGCUGUGGUGGCCGCCUUCGCCAGGGCAGCCAGGCUGUGUUAUUUCAGGAAUCUGUGACAUUCGAGGAUGUGGCUGUGCACCUUACCCGAGAGGAAUGGGGAUGCCUGGACCCUGUUCAGAGGGCUCUCUACAGAGAAGUGAUGUUAGAGAAUUAUGGGAACCUGGUCUCACUGGGAUUUCCAAUUUUCAAGCCUGAUGGGAUCUCCCAGCUGGAACAAGAUCUACAAGUCUUUGAUCUGGAAACUAAGAAUAGAGAAGUCUUAAGAGAUGACUGCUCAGAUGGAGAGACCAGAGAAGAGAACAAGCUGUUGAUUCCUAAGCAGAAAAUUCCAGAAGAAGUACAUUCAUACAAAGUGAGAGUAGGAAGAUUCAAAAAGGAUAUUGCCCAAGUUCCUGAGACUAGAGAAGUGUAUAAGCCUGAGGACAGAUUAGAAAGGCUUCAGGAAAUCCUAAGAAAAUUUCUGUUCCUGGAGAAAGAGUUUAGGCAAAUAACAAUCAGUAAGAAAACCUUCACCAGUGAGAAGAACAAUGAAUGUAAUGAACUUGAAAAAAGCUUCAGUCUGGACUCUACUCUUGAUACAGAUCAGAGAGUUCUUAGAAUACAGAAUGUUGAUGACAUUGAUAAGUAUGAUGUGAGUCUCAACCAGCAUUCAGCUGGUAAACAGGAACACAUAAAUCUAACACAGGAUUUUCACAGUAAUGAUUAUAAGGACAGUUUAAUGGAACUCUCCCACCUUAGUAACUGUGAGAGCAUUCCUACCACUGAGAAAUCUUACAAAUGUGAUGCAUGUGAGAAAAUCUUCCAUCAGAGCUCAGCCCUUUCUAGACAUCAGAGAAUUCAUACUAGAGAGAAACCCUACAAAUGUAAAGAAUGUGAAAAGUCUUUCAGUCAGAGUUCAAGUCUUAGUCGACAUAAAAGAAUACACACUAGAGAAAAACCCUAUAAAUGUGAAGCAUCUGAUAAAUCCUGUGAGGCGUCUGACAAAUCUUGUAAUCAGAGCUCAGACAUACUUCAGCAUAAGAGGGUUCACACUAGAGCAAAAUCUUAUAAAUGUAGCAGUUGUGAAAGGGUCUUCAGUCGUAGUGUACACCUCACUCAACAUCAGAGAGUUCACAGAGAGAUGCCUUGUAAGUGUACCGUGUGUGGCAGUGAUUUCUGUCACACCUCACACCUAGCUGAACAUCAGAAGGUCCAUGAUGAAGAGAAGUCCUAUGAAUACAAUAACUGUGGGUUGACCUUUAUUAAACAUCAAGGAAUUCGUCCCAGAGAAAAGCCCUAUACGUGUAAUGAAUGUGGAAAAGACUUCAGAUUGAAUUCUCAUCUUAUUCAGCAUCAAAGAAUUCACACAGAGAAACCGCAUGAAUCUAGUGAAAGUGGAAAAGCUUUCAGUCAAACCGCAUGCCUUAUUCAGCAUCACAAAGUUCAUAGGAAAGAGAAAUCCUAUGAGUGUAAUGAUUAUGAGGAUAAUUUCAGCCAUAGCUCAGAUCUUGUCCUGCAACAGGAAGUCCUCACCAGAGAAAAAGCCUUUGAUUGUGAUGCGUGGGAAAAGAGCCUCAGUCAGAGAGCGCACCUUGUCCACCAUCAAGGAAUUCAUACCAAAGAGAAACCUUAUGAAUGUAAUGAACGUGGGGAGACAUUUAAUCAAGUUCAGGCCUCAUUCAACAUAUGAGAUGUCACACCAGGGAGACAUCACGUGUGUCCUGAAUGUGGUAAAGCCUUCAGUCCCAGCUCAACCUUCAUUCAGCAUCAAGGAAUUCAUACCAGAGAGAAACCUGAAUGUGACAAACUUUGGAAAGUUAUUAGUGUUGCACUCUUGACACCUGCAAACCCAUACCAAUGAGAAAACCUACAAAUACAUUGAAUGUGAUAGAUGCUUCAUGCUAUUUUCGUACCUUAGUGUCAUUGGAGAAUUCAUACUGGAAUAAAAUUCCAUUGCUAUAAUGAAUGUGAAAAAGCCUUCAGUCAAAGAAACUACCUUGUUGAGCAUCAUAUUCAUUUCAUGCUGAAUACCUAUGAAUGUAAUAAAUGUUUAUGUGUGGGAGGAUUCAGCCAUAUUUCCAGCCCUCAUUCAGCAGCAAAGAAUCCAUACCCAAGGGAAGUCCUUUGGGUAUAGGAAAUGUGACAAGUCUUUCAGUAGGAGUUCAAGUCCUUUUUCAUCAUCAGAAUGUCCACACCAGACUGGAGUCUGAUACAAUGCAAGUGGAAGCAUUUAGCACCAUAUUUCAGGCUUUAUUCAAUAUCAAAAUAUUGAAGGGAAAAUUAUUAUUUGUGUAUAAAAUAGUUAAUACAUAGUCCCAGUCUUUUUCCCUGGAGAAGACUAGUCAGAGGAGUGAUUUGGUGAAUGCAGUGCUGUUUUCUCAUGGCAUUCUUGUAUUUAAUAGGUGUUAUACUUUAUUUUUGGAACUUUAUUUUAUAAAUAUACUUUAUUUAUGGAACUCAAGCUAUUUUUAUUUUAAUGUGGCCUAUAAACAUUUUUGUUUUUCCUGAAAUUGGUUUUUAUUGUCCAGUAAAUGCUUCCCUGAUACAUUAAUACACCAACGUUAAAAUAGUAACUUCUGGAAAGUUUCUCUCAUUUAGCUUUUUCUACUAUUCUCAGCCAAAGUUCUCUCCAAAACAGAUUCUUAGGCCUGCUCUUUUCCGAGGAUCCUAAUCCUUUCCCGCCACAGCAUUUGGAUUCCUGUUGGUUUCUCCAUUCUCUUAAGCACCUUCAGUGAUGGUUUCCUAGUUUUAAGCUUUAAGCCAGUGGUAUGCCAUCCCUACUUACUUUUUGGGUGUCUUCUUUCCAAAGCAAAAUAUCUUUAAAAGAAAUGGAUUUUCACACUCUUGUCUGUUCAUGAGUAUGAAGGAUUCUGUUUCCCCUGAGUCUGUGGCAAGAAGCUAAACAUUUUCAAGUGAUGCCCAAGUUCUUAGCUUGUUAGCAUUCACAGCCUUCUGAGAGAGAUGAGAAAGACAGUAGAAGCUGACAAUACUGGUGGUAGCCUAGCUAUAUUCAGUGUCUAUUCUGCAUGUCUAAGUUCAGGAUGAUUUAUGUCCAUUAAAGGCCAGCAGAACAUUCAAGUCUGCCUUUGAUAGGGCAAAACAUAAAAGAACAUAUGUUAAGAGAUCAGAGAUCUACAUAAAGGAAUACUGACUUCCUUCAGAUACUGCGGUUUUUGUGUAGUAUCUCAAGAGUAUUUCAAGAAUGGCAGAAAAGCCUGUAAACAUUUAACUGUUACGGUUGCUUCAUUAUCUGUUUGGAAUUGUUUACAUAUCAUAUAUAUAUAUAUAUGUUGUAUUUUACAAGAGUCUACAGGCCAUAUAAAAACCUUUUUCUUUUGAUUGAUGAAACUGAUCACAGACGUUGGCUCCACAGAUCAGGGUCACUGUCAUAACAGUUAGCAAGAGUUCAUGAUUCUUCAGAUAAUGUCAAAGUAUUUGAUUGUAUUUUCCCAUCUUAAGCAUCAUAACAUUUUGUGAAUAAGGCAAGUGUUAUUUAAAACUCUAGUUGUUGUUCCAGCGAUUGAGUUCACCUGUUAAAAUACUUACUAGGGAUCCUCAACAAGUAAUACAAAAAUGCAUUGCUUACUUUGUAAGCCUCUUCUGCCUAAUAAGCUUUAGGGUAGUUCUACCACUGUAUUUUACCUUGUAGCCAUCAGCAAGCAUAGGAUCUCAUCUGGACAAGGUAGGGACCAAAAUGAAUUGAUAUAAAUAUAAAAGCAUAUGGAAACAAAUGCAUGUUUUUUUUUUCUUUCCUAUCUAUGAACAUGUAUACCCUACUAAUAGAGACCACCAGUAGUCACCUCUGGUGAUUAUGAAACAGCAGGUUGAGUAAUCUCAAAUAGCAGAAAAUGUAAAAAUCACAUGUUAUGCGUUUGGUUUAGGAAUGUGCUUUUUGUACUUCCACUUGAAUAAAGGUGUGUUUGAUACUCUUGAGAACCUGUUUCAAAUAAAAUCUGAAGUCCUCAGCCCAAAGUACUUGGGAAUCUUAGAAUCAC